UCCUCCUCCCCUUCCCUUCUUCUCCUACAUCUUCACUUCAAACUUCAAAUCAAAUAUCUCUCUAUCUCUCUUUCUAUAUAUAUAUAUAUAUAUGUAUAUAUAUAUAAGCCAAGGUAUGUGCAUCAAUCUCUUCUUUUACUUUCCAAGCUAUCUAGUCUUCAUUUCAUAUAUCAUUGCACGAUUUCUUUAGACUUAAUUUCAACCUCCACUCUUUCUUUUUGCUCCAACUUCCCAUCUGUGUGUGUGUGUGUGCGCGCGCGCGCGUUUGUGUUUUUCUGUGUGUUUGUUUGUUUUUGUCUGUAUUUCUGUGAAAAACUAAGUACCAAACUUCAAGAUCUUUCAGUGUGUUAUGUAUGCGUGUGUGUGUGAAUAACAAAGGACCAAAAACUAAACUUCAGUUCAAGAUCUCUCUGUACGUUUGUGUGUGUGUUUGUGUGUCUUCUUGAUCUCUGUGUUAGUUGUGAAGAUGUCUAUAUUGAAGAACUAGGCAAUACACUCACACACACACUCACACACACACUCAUUGAUCAGUACCAAUUAUCACAAACAAAAACAAGAGAAAAAAAAAAAAAAACACAAAUUAAAGAACAAAAGCACAACCUCAUAUAUGAUGCAGUUCAGUGAGAGUGCACCACCACCACCACCACCACCACCACCACCACCCUUACCACCACUACAACUCCAUCAAAACCCUCUAGGUCUUUGCCUAGACCUAACCACAACCAAGUCUCAUUCUCGCCCAUGGCCUUCCUUCCCCACCUCCUCCAAAACCCUAGGCACCACCUUCAACAACGCCAGCUGCAUGGAACAACUCCUCGUCCACUGCGCCACUGCCAUUGAAACCAACGACUCCACUCUCGCCCAACAAAUCCUCUGGGUCCUCAACAACAUCGCCCCUCCUGACGGUGACUCCAAUCAACGCCUAACUUCCGCCUUUCUCCGAGCUCUCAUCAUUCGUGCUUCCAAAACCGGCACUUGUGCCGUUCUUGCCGCUGCCGUCACUCGUGCCGACUCUGAGCUCGCUCUCUACUCACACCGUUUCUCCGCCAUCGAGCUCGCCAGCUUCAUCGACCUCACUCCUUGGUACCGCUUCGGCUUUUCCGCCACUAACUCUGCUAUCACCGAAGCCAUCGAAGGCUUCCAAAUCAUUCAUUUAGUCGAUUUAAGUACCACUCACUGCAUGCAAAUACCUACUCUCAUCGACAUGUUAGCAAACCGGCCGGAAGGUCCACCUUUCAUCAGGCUCACCGUCCCCGGAAUCACAUACUCAAACACAAAUCCUCCUCCUCCAUUGCUUGACCUCUCUUACGAUGAACUUGGAGCAAGACUCAUAGCUUUCGCUCGAUCACGAAACAUCGGCAUGGAAUUCAGAGUUAUUCCUUCCGACUUCUCUCAAGGCUUCGACACACUCAUCGAGCAGCUCCGAGCUGAGCAAAUGGUCUGUGAUGGUGAAGCUUUGGUUGUAAAUUGCCAAAUGAUGCUGCACUAUGUCCCGGAAGAGACUGUGAGUCAUGAAAUAAACCAUUUAUCAAUGCGAUCAUGUUGUCUAAAAGCCAUUCGAAGUUUAGAGCCAACAAUUAUCACACUAGUUGAAGAAGAUGCUGAUUUCACAGACAGUGAUCUCGUCGGGAGGCUUCGAUCGGCUUUUAAUUUUCUCUGGAUACCAUACGAUGCCGUCGAGACGUUCUUGCCGAAGGGGAGUGAUCAGAGAAGGUGGUAUGAAGGGGGAGUUUGUUGGAAGAUAGAGAAUGUUAUAGCACAUGAAGGGAUGCAAAGAGUAGAGAGGUUGGAGAGUAGAGGGAGAUGGGUGCAGAGAAUGAGAGGAGCUGGGUUUAGAGGAUUAGGGUUUGGGGAGGAGGCAGUGGGGGAGGUAAAGGCCAUGCUUGAUGAGCAUGCUGCAGGGUGGGGGUUGAAGAAGGAAGAUGAAGGGUUGGUGCUCUCUUGGAAAGGCCAUAAUGUUGUCUUUGCUACUGCUUGGGCUCCUUGUUGAUCAUCUUCAUCUUCAUCUUCAUCUUCAUUAUCAUGUAAUCUAGCUAGAUCUUAAUUUGUUACUUGUUUUCUCACUUUCUCUCUUUUUGUGUACUAUUAUGAUCUCUGAUCUUUAGGUGAAACAGUUGGGAUUAACAUGAUCAUCUUUUGUUAAUUUUCUUUAGCAUAGAUCAAAUAUGAUUUUGAACAUGGUUUUGUUCUUGUUUGAAUGCCUAGUGUGUGUCAACUGCAACAAUGUAUAUGUCUAGUAACAUGACAUGCAUGAGUUUG